AUGGUGCUCAGCGGCAGAGAAAGCUUGAUUCGAUUAAUCGGCAAACGGAGGCGCUUCCUCCCCAAUCGCCACUCUAUCCUCUCCGAUCCCAUCCCUAACCCUAAUCCCCACCCCAACCCGGUAGUGGAACAACCGUCGCAGCAACCAGAUCAAAACCACGACGUACAAUGCCCUGUUUGCGGCCGCAAUCUUCCCGCUGAUGACUAUAACCGUAUAAACUCUCAUCUUGAUGCUUGCCUCUCCCUCUCCCAACCAAAGCCGGCAACAAAACGAAAGCUUUCCCAACGCACCCUCUUUCAGUUAAACUUUUCCCUAUCCAAUUCCAAACCUAAAUUCCAGAAUCUCACUCACGACUGUGACAAUGACCCCUUCCUACCUCUUCCAAACAACGAUUCUGAAGAAGAAAAAUGCGAGGAACAAGAACUCCCAGAAAAUCAUGGGACUGGGGUUAAUUCUACAGUUGGCGCCACUUCCUCAUCUUCCCCGCCCGUGAACAGUGGGGUGCGUAAUGAUUCUAAACCAGACUACGUGCUUGGUGCCACGCUUGAAACCUUCAUCGUUGGCCGGAGGCAUGCUGAUAAUCCAGAAGAACUAUGUGUUGGUACCGCCAUCUCUCUUUUGAGGGACCCUCAAAAUGAUAAGGACCCCAAUGCCGUCAAGGUUGUUUCGGGGGAUUCUGCGUGCUGUAAGUCGUUAGGUUUUCUUCCCCGGGAUCUAGCCCAAUACAUAUCUCCUCUUAUUGACACCUAUGGUCUUGGAUUUCAGGGGCAUGUUACUUCUGUUCCAAAACAUUCUUUUGAUACCGUUCCAAUUCAGAUUACGUGCCACGAAACAUCAGACAGUGAAAGCAAGUAUGAUGAUGAGACUUUUAUAUGCUUAUGGAAAAAUGCUCAGCAUGUUGUUGAAUUUGCAAGCAAGAAUCCUCCUUCAUCUGUAAAGUAUCAGCUGAAUUUCUGUCUUAUGCUACAAGAAGUGUUAAGAAAUAAUAUUCACCUUUUAACAGGAGAUGAAAAAAGCUUUAUGGGACCUUGGUUUCGCAUGUCUAGCAUAUCAUAUCCUGAAAUAGUCGAUACACAGAAGGCAGUCAAGGAACUUGCUGAGAAAGAAUACCUGCAUUCUAUCGAGGAUGCAAAUCAACUAUGUAUGAGUGAUGUGAAUGAUAUCUUGAAUAUCCUCAAUGUCUCUGAGUUGCGUGAAAUUUGGGAGCAUCCUGAGCAUGGUGGUUGUCAUGGGAUGAAGAAGCAGCAUUUGAUUUCAUCUAUUAUUUCUAGAGAUGCUGGCGUACCUUGGCCAAAAUUAUCAACUAUGAUUUUGGAAAGAACUAGCUCUUGUAUUAGGAUUUCUUCUAAAGCUGAAUCUCUUAUGUGGCGUAGUGAGAGACUUUUCUUCUUAAAUGGAGAACAGGAUAUCUCAUCCUUCUUACUUGUGGAUAUGGGAAAAAUCAAGUAUCCAGCUUACAACUGCAUAAUAUCAGAACCAAUUUUCUCAAAUCGCAGAAAUCUGCUCUCUUAUGAAGAGGCCAUUGAAGUGGCGCAAAUUAUGGACGAAGUUCUUGAUGCAAACAAAAUUGAAGUGAUAUUAAGGUGCAUAAAGAUAGCUGAAUCCUGUGUAUCUACUGAUUUUCUCGACCAGUACUCAACUUCUGAAUCAGUAUCUUCAAUUCAUCACUUAUUUACGGCAUCAUGGGUAUACUCCAAAGUGAUCACUGUGGGGAUUUCCUUCCUUGAGCAAGAGCGAAGGUACACUGAUGCAAUUAAUUUGCUCAAAUGGCUGCUAAAUGUUUUCCCUUAUGACUUAAGAAGAGGAUAUUGGACAAUGAGGUUAUCAGUUGAUUUGGAGCACCUGGGCCGCAUUGAUGAGAGCCUUCAAGUAGCUGAAAAUGGGUUGCUGGAUCCAUGGACACGUGCUGGUUCAAGAAUGGCGCUUCAAAGGAGGGUUCUUCGCCUAGGGAAACCACCACGGCGCUGGAAACUUCCUAGUUUUUCUAGGUCUGCCCUGCAGAAGAUCCCUCAGGUUUUUGUUCAAGGGAGACCACUAAAUUCUGAUUUGGGAGGAAAGAAUAGGUACUAUAAUGAAGAGGGGAAACAAUGUGGAGUGGAAGAGCUUGCUUUGCAUUACUAUGCUGGGGAAGGAGGUGGAUGGCAAGGUGUUCACGCAGAGAGUGGGAUAUGGCUAACCAUUUUUGGGCUUCUAAUGUGGGAUGUCAUAUAUGCUGAUGUACCAAAUGUCUUCUAUACUAGAUUUCAGAAUGCACCUUUAGAUUUUGGCACUGAUGGCUUUUAUGCUGCUAGAAAGAGUAUCAUAGAAUCCCAUCUACAGCACAUUCGUGAUGGCAUGGCUGAGGAGUUUCUUAUCAAGUCAUGGGAAACACAUAUUGGAACCGCAUGCAGAGGAGUUAAUUGGGACUGCCAUUCCUUAGAUGAGCUUCGCGCUGUUGUUACUUGCGUUGGGGGCACUUGUUUGGCGUCUCUCUGCCAAUUUCUGGCACAAGACUAUCGGAGCUGGUCUAGUGGGAUGCCGGAUUUGCUGCUAUGGCGUUUCCAUGGAGAAUACAGUGGUGAUGCCAAACUUGUUGAAGUCAAAGGCCCCAGUGACCGUCUCUCUGAGCAGCAGAGAGCAUGGCUAUUGCUGCUUAUGGAUUGUGGAUUUGCGAUUGAGGUCUGUAAAGUGAAACCCUUGUAG